AUGGCGGACACCAAGGCGCUGCCGACGAGGUCGGCGACCGUGAAGACCACCUCGACCACCGACGAUGCGGUCCCUGAAGUCGACCCUACCAGCACCGCUGGCCUUCUCGCCGAGCGACUCCAGGCUUGGAAGCACGCCGUCGGAUACCUAGAGGACUACAUGGAGGCCGUUGAAAAGAUCCACAAGGCUCAGUCGAAGGAGUAUGAGAGAGCGCUUAAGGUCAUCUCUCAUCCCUUGAAGGAGGGUCACCACUUUGACCAGAGUCUUGGCGGCAUUGCGGGCUACUUUGAGAACAUGCGCUCCAACACUCAGGCUAUAAUCAACACCAACCUCGAGACGGAAAAGAGCAUCAAGGGAUCUGUUCUACCGGUUCUUGAGCGUCUCCACAAGGAAAUCAAGCACAAGGGCAAGGAGCUCGCUCACGGUGCCCAGAAGAGUGCCAAGGAGGUCGAGAAGGCUCGCAACACCACCCAGAAGCAUAUCGAGCUCCUUGGCCAGCAAACCGCUGCUUUUGAGUCGGCUGGCGGCAAGAUGCACGGCUCAGACGACCCAUACGUCGUCCACCGGGGUGUCUUGCACAGACUCCACAAGCAAGUUUUGGAGGAGAACAACAACCGCAACGACCUGAUUGCCGUCCAGAACAACUUCGAGGCCUUCGAGGCUCACGUUAUCGAGGUUAUUCAGCAGAGCAUGGAGGCCUUUGUGCAAUUGACUGGAGGCCAGGCCGAGAAGACUCGUGCCUUGUACUCUGACAUGCUUGGCGCGGUCCAGCGAGUUCCUCCCGAUCUGGAGUGGAAGGGUUUCGUCACCCGUAGCGGCGAGCGUCUGGUCAACCCCAACGAUGCUCCGCGAUCCGUCGAGUCUGUCACGUUCCCCAACAUGGACCACUCUGGCGUCAAGCCCCUGAUCGAGGGUUCUCUCGAGCGCAAGUCGCGUAACAAGUUGUCUUGGGGUUACUCUACUGGCUACUACGUCGUAACCCCGGCCAAGUUCUUGCACGAGUUCAAGGACUCUGACAACACCCGCGCGGACCCCAAGCCGGAUCUAUCCAUCUACCUUCCGGACGCUGUGAUUGGUCAACCCAACGGGGACAAGUUCAACGUUAAGGGCAAGGACAAGAGCGGCUCAAUGAGUGCCAAGCUCACAGGCAGUGCAGAACUGGCCUUUAAGGCGCACACCCCUGCGGAUGCCGAGAAGUGGUUUGAGAUUAUCAAGAAUGUUGCGGGAGCUACUGGCCCUGCUGCUCCGGACUCGGUCCCCACCUCGCCGGCAAUGGCCUCUGAUGAGAAGUUCGCCGCAGUAUCUCCCACAGUCAACACUCAGUCUGGCGCUCACCCAGGCCAAGAGGCCGGGGUCACUGGGGCCGAUCCUACCGCCAGCCCAGAAAUCUUGAGUCCGGUUGACGGUCCUUCCUCGGGCACCGCCAUCCCUGCGACCAAGACGCCUCCUGUUGAGGAAAAGAAGGCUUAA